UUUGAUACCUCACAACUUCUUCUGUUGCUGCCAGAGCUAAUUGUACUGACGCUAACCUGCAUUAUUUUGUGCGUCGAUUUGUACAUCGGCGAGGCUCGCCGCGGCAUGAUUCACGUUCUGUCGCUACUGACGCUUAUUUUUGCGGCGAUCGCGACAAUGCGUUCACAUCAGGCUGGUGCUAUUGAGGCUCAAUACGUACUGAGCAAUACCUUCGUACGCGAUCAGAUGGGUGACGUACUGAAGAUGUUCCUGUACCUGAUCAUGGCUACAGUGUUCUUCUACUCUCGCAAAUACAACUACGAAAGAAAACUGUUUUCGGGUGAGUUCUACGCGCUGUGUCUGUUUGGCCUGUUAGGCAUGAUGAUUAUGACCUCGGCUGCCAGUCUGAUCAGCCUUUACCUUGGCCUGGAACUACUCGCGCUAUCGAGCUACGCACUGGUCGCCUUGGAUCGGGACAAUCGGUUGGCAUCGGAGUCCGCGAUGAAGUACUUCGCUGGCGCAAUUGCCUCCGGCAUGCUGUUGUAUGGCAUGUCGAUGCUCUAUGGCGCCACCGGGCUCUACAGCAGCACUGGUAAAGGUACGUUGCAGUUGGCAGAAAUCGCUUCGGCUGUUGCGCAAAUGACCAGUAACGACACAUUGAUGAUUUUUGGCCUGAUCUUUAUCGUGGUCGGUCUGGCGUUCAAGUUCGGCGCCGUUCCCUUUCAUAUGUGGUUGCCCGAUGUCUAUCACGGUUCGCCCACUGCAGUAACAUUGUUCAUCGGUACCGCGCCGAAGCUGGCCGCGUUUGCCAUGGCUGUGCGCCUGCUCAAUGAUGGCCUGGGUGGAUUGUUGGACCAAUGGCAGGGUAUGUUGAUCAUCCUAGCGGUGCUAUCCCUGGCGCUGGAAACAUUGUGGCCAUUGCCCAGACUAACUUGA